GUGGAUGGAGAAUAACGCGUGGCUGGAGGAACAAUUGAAAAAUGGAUAAGAUAAUACAACAAAAGGAUGAUCAAAUUAUGGACCUGCAGGCUCAAUUAUUGCAACAGCACAAAAUAUUAGAUAACAGCAAAGCUAAGGAUGCUCAAAGUUUGAGUCUACAAGCUCAGCUAGGGGAAAAGAACAAAUUGGAACGGAACAGUUUCCAAACAGUGAAGGAGGUUUUUCCAAACUCAAACCUAACUGAACAUGAGGAUGAAUUGGCAUUAGGCGAACACAGUCAGUUAUUCAGUCUACCACCUGACAGUGUGUUAAAUUUAAAUUCUGUUAGUGCUGCACAAAAAGAAUCGUUAGUAAUAAGCCCAUGCAGUGAAGGAAGUGAACAAUUGUGGGACCGUAUUUGGGCCGAAAAUGGGUGUGGUACGGAAACCAAGAUAUGGCACAAGUUCAACAUGAAACAUGGAUUAGAAUUUAAUGGGGGAUCAAAUCAAGUCUGGAAGUGUUACAGGAUGGAAGAGUCAGCCUACAGAUGAAAAAACACUGAGAGUGCAUUACCAUUAAGGUAUGAGGUAAAGUAAUAGAGUAUGCACAUUGUCUAAUGAGAAGUACCAUCUUGUGUUAAUAAAUCCAGUACAACAGCAAUCCUUUAUAGUUCUGUCACAGCUAGAAACCUCAAAUAAUUCUGCUUCUCUGUCUAAAGAACAACUUGUCCUUUACGUUCAGAGUGUUGGGGAAACUGGGUACUUAAAUGGCCCUAAAGAUGUUUUAAUUUUGCUGCCAUUGCAGAGAUGAACAUCAUACAUGGACUCUUUAGGUCUAAUCUACCAAAAAAAAUUUUAUCCAAUAGGAAAGGAUUUUCAUGUACUGGGAACACAACUAUCAACAAUGCAACAUUGUACAGCUUCCACCAGAAGUUGAAUCUAUGAGUCAUGUAAGUUACAUGAUCAACAGUUGAUAUGUUUAACGGUGUUGUUUUUCUUUUCUCAAUAUAGGUUAAUAGUAACAUUGGAUCUGAAAAAAUUCUUGGUUGGGGCAAGACACUGAAUAAAUUGUAUUGAUUGGAUGGAUGACAUGACAUUUCUAUACUUAAUUCGGAUUCCCCAGACGGUAUUUGAUAUUAAAAAAAUUGAAGUGCAUAUCUGGGCUCCCUUCUUUUCUGAAGCCCCGUUUCCCCUUGACUCGUAAUAAGCCCGUAGGGGGUCAUGCCCCUACUGUACGGUAUAUAUAAAAACAACAUAUACCGAGGUUUGGAGGGCUCUGGCCGGAAAGGGGAC